AUGUUACUUCUUAUACAACUUUUUUAUUCUUCCUUCACAAGUUUGUUUUUUUCAUUUUUCCUUCUUUCUUUCUCCUUUCACUCUUUCUUUUUUUUUCCCCUUAUUUCUCUUUUUUCUUUUCAUUUAUUUCUUUUUUUCUUUCUUUCUUUCUUUCUUUCGUUCUUUUUUUCUUUCUUCUUUUCUUUUUUCUUCUGCCUUAUUCUUUCUUCUUUUCUUUCUUUCUUUCUUUCUUUCUUUCUUUCUUUUUUCUUUCUUUUCUUUCUAUUAGCAUUUUAUUCUUUCUGCCUUUCCUUCUUUUCUUUUUUCUUUUCUUUCUUUUCUUUCUUUUUUUCUUUCUUUCUUUCUAUUCGUUUUCUUUUCUUUCUUUCCUUCUUUUUCGUUUCUUUCUUUCUUUCUUUCUUUAUUCUUUUCUUUCUUUCUUUCUUUCUAUUAGCAUUUUACAAUUCUGCCUUUCCUUCUUUUGAAUUCGUCUUCUUUUCUUUCUUUCUUUCUUUCUUUCUUUCUUUCUUUCUUUCUAUUAGCAUUUUACAAUUUUUCUUUCCUUUCCUUCUUUUUUCUUCGUCUUCUUUUUUUUCUUUCUUUCUUUCUUUCUUUUUUCUUUCUUUUUUUCUUUUCUUUCUUUCUAUUUUCUUUUUUUAUUCUGCCUUUCCUUCUUUUAAUUCUCUUCUUUUCUUUCCUUUCUUUCUUUCUUUUUUUUUACAUUCUUUUCCUUCUCUUUUCGUUUCUUUUCUUUCUUUCUUUUCUUUUCCUUUCUUUCUUUUUUUUCUUUCUUUCUUUCUUUUUUCAUUUUCAAUUCUGCCUUUCCUUCUUUUGAAUUCCAUUUUACAAUUCUGCCUUUCCUUCUUGAAUUCGUCUUCUUUUCUUUCUUUCUUUCUUUCUUUCUUUCUUUCUUUCUUUCUUUCUUUCUUUCUAUUAGCAUUUUACAAUUCUGCCUUUCCUUCUUUUGAAUUCCAUUUUAUUCUUUCUUAUUUUUCUUUCUUUCUUUCUUUUCUUUCUUUCUUUCUUUCUUUUUUUCUUUCUUUCUUCUUUGAAUUCAUUUUUCUUUCUUUUCUUUCCUUCUUUUUUUACAAUUUCUUCUUUUCUUUCUUUUCUUUCUUUCUUUCUUUCUUUCUUUCUUUCUUUCUUUCUUUCUAUUAG